ACGGCUACAAUUUCAAUGAAAUCUACAUCAGUCCUUUAAUAGAAUAAGAUCUCUGAACACCCAUGUUAAACAUUCAUUUUUUAUAAUAGGGCUGAUUGAAAUUUAUGGUUCAGAUAUCACACAACAGCUAUGAGGGGUUUUUUAAAGUUUUUUUUAAAAAAAGUAAAGAUCCAGUACGUUAAGCUCAUUGAUCAUGAAAAUAGUAAACCUCAGAUCAAGAAAAUGAGUUUUGCACUGCGUACUUUUGUAUUUUCAGUUCAUAACACCUAUCACCAAUAGAAAAAUCCCAAUUGUGUAGUAUUAUUGUACAGCUAUAUAGAUUUUUUAAAAAGAAGGUACAGUAAAGGACUCCUGGACGGUUAAGUCCAGUAAAAUGCAACUAUGGGGUGUGGCGCUCAUCUCACUUCAGGCUGAGGAAUCCAGUGUUUGUCCACCGACAGCUUUCAGGGUCAUGUGGCCAACAUGACUAAACCAUUUCUGGUGCAACGGAACACCGUGACGGAAGCAAAUGCACACGGAAACAUCGUUUACCUUCGCACCACAGUGGUACCUAUUUAUCUACUUGCACUAGUGUGCUUUUGAAGUGCUAGGUUGGCAGAAGCUGGAACAGAGCAACUGAACAAUACUUUGCAGAUAAUUUGCAAGUGUCUUCAGCUUUGUUUGCGCUCCCUCCUCCAGAUAAGAAAGGACCAAAAGCCCUGCCCAAACAGCUUCACCUGUAUCUUUCCACUUAGAGGUCAACUAAUUAUGCAAAGCCUGGAGGGACAUCCCACGGCUAGACAAUCAAAGAGGCAAAGUGAACAAAUAACUGUUUCUUAUUUAGACUGAGCACCAGAUUCCUUGAAGGAUAAAAAACAUAAUGGAUCCUAGCAGCAAUUACCACUUCCUUCAUGACAUCCUGAGGAAAACUGUGAAAAUCACACUGAAAUGUGGCACAUUCCAAGGGGUGCUGCAACAUGUGGAUUCCAGCCGAAGCAUCUUUCUGAACAGAGUUAAGAACUUGGAAAGUGGCAGAUCUGUACCAGGAGUAAAGAUGUUCUUUGGCCAUGAAAUUGUCAAUGUGGAAUUAAUUGAUGACUCGGAACAACAUGCUGCAGAAGAAAAGACAACUCCUACCAGGGAAGCUCCAUCUACCGAAGUGUCUCCAGUGGACAAAGAAGAACCACGGAACCAGAACACACAGAAUCCUGAUUCACUUUCUCAGGACACUCAUCAGCUCAACCUGGGUAACUUCAGGUACAACUUUUCAGAUCAAGACAAAGGGGAGGACAUAGAAUAUGUUGUUGUUGAUCAAUUUCAGAAGCAAUUUGGUUCUGCAAUGGUGCACAUCAAAAAGCAGAAUGUUUGUAGUGUAGCAGCAGAGGGUGUCAAUUUGUGUCGCCAUGGAAAACUCUCUUGGUUGCAGAUUGCAACAAAGAGCAAGGUUUUCUUGUUUGACGUUUUCCUUCUGGGAGCUCGAGUCUUCAAGAACGGACUCCAAAUGAUACUAGAAGAUCAGAAUAUUUUGAAAGUUAUCCAUGACUGCCGGUGGCUUUCAGAUUGUCUUUCUCACCAGUAUGGAGUUAUGCUCUCCAAUGUCUUUGAUACACAGGUUGCUGAUGUCUUGCAGUUCUCAGUGGAAACAGGUGGCUUUCUUCCUCACCGUGUCAGCUCUCUACAAGACUGCUUAAUGCGAUACUUGGGGAUGCCCUACAGAUGCAUCUCCUUCAUGGAACAAAGGCAGCGUGUGAUUGAGGAAAACCCCGAGAUAUGGUUUGUGCGACCCCUUCCACCUGCAUUGCUGAAAGUGUUAGCUCUGGAGGCAGCAUACCUCCUCCCUCUCCGCAUGUUGCUACUCGAUGAAAUCAUGUCUGACUUAACAACUUGGGUGGAUGGAUAUCUAAAUGCCUUUCGGGAAGGAUCUGCAGAUCCGCUGGGGAGCACAGAGAUAUCCUGUAUGGAGCUACCACAAGAGCUUAGACAACUGGCAGAUUUUUACAAGGAACGAAGAAAGAGGGCAAUGCAGAACUUCCAGCUGAAUGAGGAAGGUCUCCUCAUCAGAAAGCAAUUAGAAACUACGGGAAGAAGGGUAGCAAAGGCGAAAGAAAACCAGAGAGAUAGUACUGGCUUAAUUCUUUCUAGUAGGGCAGUAUCCCCUAAGAAUACCAGUCCUCUCCACCUCUUGGGUCAAGAUGAUCAGGACAACUCUGAAAAAGAAGACCGGCAGGCAAAUCAUUGUAAUAAUCAAUGGGCAACAGUUGGUGCGAGUAACGUUGAAUCUGAAGCAGAAGCAAGACGUCCCGUUUGCUGUAAAUCAGUACUGGGAGCAUCUGAGGUGAAAGGAAGAAAACCAUCUCCAGUGUUCAAACCGCAAACAAAGGUAGAUUUGACUUUAGAAGAGGAAAUAAAGGAAUUGUUGACAGAAGGCAAGAAUGAAGACAACAAAUCUGCUGUUUCUGCCCUUUCACCUCCAAAAGCAAACAAUUCUAGGAUCCCAUUUCAAGCUGUAAAGCAAUCUAGCCAAACCCUGUCUAAUGCUGCCAUGAGUAGAAAUCCCUCUUCUCAAACAACUUGUGAUUACUGUCUCCAGGUUCCCACAAAACAGAAGAAUGGGGGGAAGUGAUUUGGCGGUUCACUUUGUCUUGCCUUCAAAUUUCAACUGUCAGCUGCCAGCCCCAAGCCCUGGAAGCAAGGAGCAGAAAUUGUUUCCUUUUCAAAUUCUUUAUUGGAAGACUUCCAUUAAUGGAGCAAAUUCUGGAGGUGGCUGGACACAAUACCCUUCAUGUUGUAUGGCAGUUUCCCGCUCCUAUAAACACAAUUGAUGUUACUGGUGUUAAUUCUA